CGCAGGCGCAGGCGCAGGCGCGUUGACUGAGAGCGGUGGUGGCUAUGGACGACGAGGAGGAGACCUACCGGCUGUGGAAGAUCCGCAAGACCAUCAUGCAGCUGUGCCAUGACCGUGGCUACCUGGUGACCCAGGAUGAGCUGGACCAGACCCUGGAAGAGUUCAAGGCCCAGUUUGGGGACAAGCCGAGUGAGGGGCGGCCACGGCGCACAGACCUCACGGUGCUGGUGGCCCACAACGACGACCCCACUGACCAGAUGUUCGUGUUCUUCCCAGAGGAGCCUAAGGUGGGAAUCAAGACCAUCAAGGUGUACUGCCAGCGGAUGCAGGAGGAGAACAUCACGCGGGCCCUCAUCGUGGUGCAGCAGGGCAUGACCCCAUCCGCCAAGCAGUCUCUGGUGGACAUGGCCCCCAAGUACGUCCUGGAGCAGUUUCUGCAGCAGGAGCUGCUCAUCAACAUCACGGAGCACGAGCUGGUCCCAGAGCAUGUCGUCAUGACCAAGGAGGAGGUGACGGAGCUCCUGGCCCGGUAUAAACUCCGGGAGAACCAGCUGCCCAGGAUCCAGGCCGGAGACCCGGUGGCCCGCUACUUCGGGAUAAAGCGAGGGCAGGUGGUGAAGGUGAUCCGGCCCAGCGAGACCGCCGGCCGGUACAUCACCUACCGGCUGGUGCAGUAGCCGCCCCGCGAGCCGGUGAGAUGCGCCGUGGGCCCGCGGGGCCUGCCUGUCCGGGAGUGAGCCCCAGCUUUCCUCUUCCCUUAGCCCACAG